AUGGAUAUAAUGGUGGAUGGACCUAGAAUCACACAGAUAGCCGGUAUGCUUCACGAAAGGGAGAUACCGUAUUCCAUAGCAAUUGGCGAUGUUGGGUCUGUACUGAGUAGGGAACAAGGGAUUAAAUAUUCAAAGAAUAACCGAAAACCAAACUAUUGUGAAAUGGAUUGGGAUAACUAUCAUCGUCUUCAUGUAAUUUAUGCGUUCAUGGAGAAUUUGUCACAUGAAUACCCUUAUUUGUGCUCGGUGGCCGUUAUUGGAAAAUCUGCUGAAGGACGAGAUAUUAAGAUUUUAAAGGUAUCUAAUGGUAAUGAAUAUAACGUUGGCGUCUGGUUAGACGCAGCUAUUCAUCCCCGUGAGUGGAUCAGCACAGCUGUCGUGACGUACAUUGCUGAUAGACUCGUCCGGACCUUUCAUGAGCAGCCUGAUUGUGUAACUAAUAAGGAUUGGUACAUACUUCCAGUCCUGAAUCCGGAUGGCUAUGAAUACACGCACACGCACGAUAGAAUGUGGCGUAAGAAUAGGGCCCGUUACGGUGAAUGCGUCGGAGUUGACCUUAACAGGAAUUUCAGUUACGGCUGGGGAGAGAAAGGCGAGGAAGGUUCAUCAGAAGACCCGGGUAACAUCUUUUACCGAGGACCGAAACCAUUCUCCGAACCUGAAACGGCCGCUCUAAGACGCUUGAUCACCAAAAGCUCGACGCCGUUCAAGGUGUUUCUAUCGUUUCAUAGCUACGGCGAAGUCGUUAUAUUCCCAUGGGGGUACACAGAUGAACCAUGUCCUGAUUAUGUGGAGCUGUUGGAAGGAGGCACUUCUAUUGCAAAGGCAAUAUAUGAAACAAGCGGACGCACAUAUAAAGUAGGCAGUACGAAGGAUCUCAUGUAUUUUGCGUGCGGCAACAGUAUAGAUUGGAGUUACGCUGUUGCGGGCAUACCUUAUUCGUAUAUGGUUGAAUUGAGAGGGAAGAAACACAGAUUCCUGCUGCCUCAAAACGAAAUCGAGUCAACCGCCAAAGAAGUAAUGAAUGGAGUAUUCAGAUUGUUGGAUUUUGUUGACGGGAAAAGUAAAAGUUGCCAGUCGUGUGACUGUUCGAAAUGA